AGGGAUCACGAGCACAUCUACACUUGAACUUGCUUUUCAGUGGGAGAUACGCUGCUUUGGCACAUGCCGCUCGGAGCUGUUCAUGUUGUCUGUAUUUUGUGCAGGAAGCAUCUAGCUAAUGAGUUCACGAAUCACGAGUCACAAGGAAGAAGCAAGCGUAAAUGCCGUAUGCAACCUCCGGCGUAUUGUUUUCUUCAGAGUGGACGCUUGAAUGACUUGUAUAAUCCCAAAUACGUUUUCAUCUCCGGUACUUGGUGUAUGUCUUUCACUUCCCUCGGGCGCGGACUUGGUACGUUCCGAGACGCCCUCAUCGUCUACGAGCAUUCAUGGGCACGGGUGCGGCUCUGAAUACACUGUCUGUGAUGCACAUCGUCAUGCAGAUGUUCCCGGUACCCAGCGUCCAGUCCGAGGCGCUGGUUGCGUUCAUGGGAA